AUGACGGGGUUAAUGAUCAUUGUGCAGGACAUCCCUCUGCUCUUGACAUCACAAAUGAUGUUGUCUCCACUAGCAUUGAAGCCAGCUCUGGAAAUAAGGCAUGUUUAUCCAACUGUUUUUUUGGGUCGCAAGUUUUCAAUUCUUUUUUUUCAUUGAUAGUUUAAUCGUAAUGCACGAGUAUUAUUUUCAGGUAGAGGACAUAAUUGUGGAGCCAUUAGUUGCAAAUGAGGCAGAUCGUGCCAACCAGGAACUGCAUUUGGAGACCCUGAUAUCUGACACCACGGGAACAUUAUCUGGAAUGGUGGGCGAUAGGUUCCCCUGUGAUACUACCAUUGAUAAUGGAACCAAUAGACACGCACUUGAAACUGGUGCUAUCACUACUGAAAAGGCAAGGGAUCUUUUGAUAAAUUCAUGUUGAUCAAAUUAGGCGAGGGUUUCUUUUGCCUGAUUCAACUGGUGCUUACGUUAUGUUUGAUUCUGUAGGUCUCUGAUGUCCGAGAAGAACCUUCAUCAGUUGGCAAAGGUAAGCAAACGCAUAAUGACCAUGAAGUUUGCUGUCGUGUAGCCAUAAUUUUUCAUUGGGAAGGCACAUUCCAUUGACAGGUCAAAACAAGAAAUGAACUAAUGCAUAUUUGUGGUUCUUAAUUGUCUUCUAACAUUGUACUAUAAGCAUGUCUUCUAUUAUCUAGGAAAUACUUCUUGAUUUUCCUAUUGAAGCUUUUAUUUCUGACUAGUGAAUUAUGGUUGCCAUUUAAAAUGUUUGAUAUGUUAAAGAUUAAGACAAAGUAUUUGGCUUUUUCUGUUUUGCUUUGUGUUAACACUUUCCCUGAACGCUAGUGGGAUGGUUACUUGCGUUAGUCACUAAAAUGGAAACGCAAUGAAAUACAACAGGUAUGAAAUUGCCAUGUUCCUCGGACUCAACUCAGACAGCAAAGAUAAAUAGUAGAUUGAGUUUGCAAGAAGAAUUACCAGCGUCAACCAUUCAUCCUAGUUUGCCGACUCCCACCAGCAUCACCUUGGCACAUGCAAAGGGCCUCCACUGCCAAAGUGAUGGGAUUGCUGAUCCUUGUACAGAGGGUGUCAGUGUACUUGACUCUGCGAAUGUUAUAGUGCCCACUGUCAUUGAUUUUAGCUCUGAGGAUGAGGUAUGUCUAUCUGUCUUCUCAGUAGCCAGUUUUUUAUUACUUUUAAGCCAUUUAUAAUUUUAUCGAGAUGCGCAAAUUCAAUUUCAGAAUGACGGCGUAGAUCCCGAGGAAUUUAUCACAAGUGAAGCAGAUUGUCAGGAUGAGGAUUUGCCUUUGGGGCCUGUAAACUCCAACACGAUAACUACAUCUGCUAGAGUAUUAGCUGACAAGGUCCCUAUUGAUACUACACUGGGUAAUAGUGGCAAUGCAGAGUCAUUGGAAAUUGGUGAUUCCACAAAGGACAAGGCAAGGAAUCUUUUGAUAAAUUAAUGUCAAGUUGGUUAGGUACAAGUUUCUUUUGCAUAACUCGGAUCUUUUUUUAUCUUCUGUAUUGAUCUUCAGGCCGAUGAUGUUCAAGAAGGACAUGCAUCGAAUGGGAAAGGUAAAAUCAACAAUAGUGAUAGAUUUACCAUAUUCAUUGACAUUGAUUCGUUUCUUUUAAUGAUAUCUUAUUAUGCUUUCUAGAUUAAAGUAUACAUGAACUCGGCGGUAUUUUCACUUCUACCCUGAAAUUAUUCAAUGGCUAGACCUGAUAUUAUAGUAUUUUUUCUAUACAUAUGUCGUAGGAGGAAAUUUCUUGUUGUUUUUGCUAUGGAACUCUUGGCCUUACAGGGAAAGCAUGUAUACAUUUUAAAAUGCCGCUUAUGCUUAUACCUAAAAACAGACUUCUGCUUUUCUGCUGUGCCUUUUUUUCACUCUUGAUGUGAUAAGAGUGACAUCAUUAUAUCAAACGUCACUAAAAUUGAAAACAUGUCAACCAAUCAAAAUUAGGAAAGCAGGAUAUAGACACAGGAGUGGUGUCUAAACCUCAUAAUUUUCGUAUGCAUUGACGAUUGUGUAGAUGGAACUUUAGUAUUCUUAUGCGAAUAUGUAAUAUGAAACGUCUUUACCAUUUAAGCUAUUAUACUGAGAAUUAAUUUCACUCAAAGACCAAAAUAUGAUCAUUGGGUUGGAGAUAUGCCUGACCUGGUUUCUUUGUCUCCUCAAUGCCAAACCGUAGUUCAUUCAUUGAUGAAACAAAUGUGAUAGCGGGAAAUAUAUAUUUAAUUUAUAGAGGGAGUCCAUUCCACAUUACUGCAGAAAUAUUUUAUGAAAAGCACUAUUUCUAGUCUUGGAUCGCGUAAGCUCAAACUAUGUCUUGGAUUUUGAACACGUGGAGUUCACCUUGAACCAUAUCAAAAAUGUCGUAAUGAUACCCACUGGGUUUUGCACAUGGUAGUGAUGGUCUUUCUAGUGAAGAGAAGUGAUGCCCCCCGUCAUCAUGUCACCUUCAUGAUCUUGCAGUCGGUCCUUUAUAAAAGAGUGCAUGACUCCUGACUGUUCCUUUCUUCUUUUCCCUUUUGGAUCAGAACAUUCAAGUAUUGACGGAGUUUCAAACGUUCCAGUGGGCGGAUGCUCUGGAAAUUCGAGUGUCUUGCAUGAACAUAACACUGAGGUUGGACACCCUUAUACCGCAUUUUUUGUCUUUCUGUUUGUCUGUUCUUUAAUUCAUCCUCUGUAUUAUUAUUCUGCAACAAUCCUAUUUAUUUUUACGAACCACUUCAUUUAGAUGAGCCCAGAUUUUUACCAUAUAUUGAAUACUUAAGCAAUUAACAACUUUUAAAUAUUUUUUGCCCAAGUAUUGUAUAAAUUCAUCUUUUUUACUGUUUUGCCCCUCGAGACACCAAGAACAAGAGAGCGGCCAUACAUUUUUCACCUCAUUGCACCAUGAUCCUAUUCGCAUAAGAAACCCUGGGAAUGGGUUUUCCUGGAGGUUGAUUGAUAUAGCAAGGCCAGUCGCUGUUAUCUCGUUAGGUGUGAAAAUCGCUUAUGAUCAUAAUCAAGAAAUAAAUUUCUAGGUCUCAGAGAAUGCUUGAGAAUGUCCCGUUCCCCUAUCGGAACAGUUGCCAAGGUAUUCAACGAAAAGUUAAGGGCGAGCUGUGGACUUCAUUCCUUCUAUACUCUUGUUCAUAUGAAGCCAUAGUGCCUACGUGAUAUAUGCUUCGUUAGGUGGCACAUUCUCAUGAAAAGGACCCCAGAAUAGCAUCAUCCUUGAAUUAAUCCAGUCACAGGAUCAUAAUCUGUUGAAAUCAGAAGAGAUUUUAGCAAAUUAUUCUCAUUCCUGUCGAAUCGAUGUCCAAGUGAUGUUUCUAUUAUUAGACAGCUGGUGAACUGAAGUGCUUUCCCUUUUUCUUUUUCUUUUUCUUUUUUUAUCAAAUUGUAUUGGUGAAAGUUGCAGGCCGCUGAUGAAACAGGCGUCUUAGACCGAACUCUUCUUCUAUCUUAUACUAUAUUUGUCCAUUUGGAUUAUAGUUCUUUAUUUUUUACUCUUCCUUUUUCCUCUUUUAGAUCCACAUUCUCACGUUAUCCUCUUUUAUAUCAAUAUGAAAUGCGAUUUUUUUAUAUCCAGCAGGAGAAUCAGACAAGUGUGUCAUCCUCGUUGGAGGUAGAAGCACCUCAGAGGAGACAAAGUAAGCAGAGAAAAGCUGCUCGAAGGCAGAGCCUUGCAGGUGUUUGCUUGUCCGCUCUUCUCCUUUUCUUAUCCUGUACCCUACGCAUACAACCUUCUUAACGAGGCAAGGGAAAUUCGUCUGUGCCCAGAUGCCGGAACAGCAUGGCAGUGUGGUGUGAGAAGAAGCACCAGGAUCAGAACCAAACCGUUGGCUCAUUGGCGUGGGGAGAGACUUCUAUAUGCUCGUAUACAUGAUAGUAAGUAUUUAAAGCGGUUAUGGUACAUAGUAAAAAAUUAUUAUUAUUAUUAUUAUUAUUAUUAUUAUUAUUAAUUUUUUUACUGCUUUUUUCUCUACCUUAUCCCAUGCUCAUCGUAUUAAUGUGAAGGCAGCCUUGGUGUUCGUGAUUUUGCUAUUUGUUUACUCUUCUUCUAUUCCAUGGCAGCUCUCCCAACAGUCAUAGGAUUGAAGUACGCCUCCCCAGCUAAAGGCGGCCAAGAAGCCCCAGUUCUUCGGGUGAAGUCGUACGUCUCGGAAGAGUAUGCAGACCUCGUGCAGAAAGUCGCUCUACACUGA